AUGCUCACAGUAUCGACGGAGGCCGGAGAUAUGCUGGAGUAUGGUCCAGCGGUUUCUAUUCUUCAGACUGUAGGUGUUCUCCUACACGAGAGUAAUGUAUCAUCGUCGGUCGCUGAAGGUAACGGCUACUACUCCGGCAGAAACGGCACCCUCAUGCUUCUCGGCAGCCUUGGACGCGCUGUGGCGAUCGGAUCCGAGGCGGGUGAAGAGGUGGAUCAAGUCAGUACUGACUCUGUCGAUCUGCAGGCAGCGAAGGUCGCCGAGUCCUCCAUUCAUGAGGCUGUUAUCUCUGUUGGCGAGAACGGAGCACAAGUGUCGUUUGAAGACUGGAUGGCACCGGCCGGUGUCGAAGACAAUUCCACGUUCGUGGUGGCGGUGACAUCGCUAGGCACGUUCGAAUCGGAAGGGCCAAAAGGCAUCAUAGCAAUCAACGCGUGGGACAAAAACGGCAAGGAAAUCCACGACUUGGCCUUUCCUGUGAAGUUCUUCGUUCCCACCGAGGUGAUACAACAAUGGACACCAGAUGACGUUACGCCGACUUGUGGGUAUUGGUCCGAAGUUAGCAACGAAUGGAAGGCCGACGGUGUGGUUCUAGGCUCCGCAAACGUCAAAGUUGAUGGAACCUCCUCAAUAAUCUGCUGGACCUUUCAUCUGAGCCCUUUCGCCAUAACAGAAAAACAGAGCACACCAAUCCAGUGGAUCACCGUUCACGAGCUAACAGACACCAGCGUUCUACAAGAGUACUGGGCUGAAAGCUGGCCGGCCAUCCUGUUCCUCGGCAUUGUUGUGGUUACUUUUCUGGCGCCUGCCGCGUGGCUACAUUGGAAGGGCAUCAAGGGGGGUGUAAGCGACGAGUACCUCGACAUUCUUCGCCACUCAUACCUGGACUGUGGCAGGUGUUCUCGCGAGGACCAACCGGUGCAAACCAGGAUUCGGGAGAGAACGCGCGAGGCACGCAAGGAUGUGAACAACAGAAACCAGCUGGACAGCGGCUAUCUCCAGACCCACGAGGCAGCACCAUCGAAGCCAGAUCGCCAUUUGGCUACGGUCACCUUGAGCAGCAUUUUGAUGAAUCACCCCUGGCGCCAUCUGUGGGUCUCACCAACGGAGCACUUCAAGAAAACGCUUCUCACGAGGUCGCAGCACCUCGUCAUACUCCUGGCCGAUUGGAUGAGCGUGUUGACUCUCCAAGCAAUAUUCUACGGCAAGAGCCAAUUCAGCAUUCGGGAAAAGGGCUCAGCCGAAGAACAUAACGCGAGGGUCGGCGGUGGGGAACGCCAUCGCGAGCAGGUAUUUCGAGUGAUGGACGAGGCAGAGGGGGAUGCUGGGGGAAACCAAGAGGAGUUUCUACACAACCUCACGGCAUCGCUAGGCAUUGCAUGCGGCCUGCUCUGCUUGUUUUCAGCGUACGGGGUGGUAACUCACCGAGUCACCAUCAUGUCUCAGGCAAUGGCAGCUCAAGCUGUGAUUACGCCUGCUCUGGUACUUUGCGGUGCGGUUCUCUUUGGCUCCGACAUCGGUCUCGCGACAGGAGCUGUGUUCGGCGGGCUGGGCACGCUGUUAUGCGCAUACUUCUUGAACAUGCACAGGAAGAACGAACUGGUGGUUCAAAGGGUCUGUCAAGAGGAUCUAAUCACCACGUGGUCUCACCCGUUGCCUUUCAUGCAUUCCGCGGCCCUGCCUGUGCAGCGAGCAUUCAGGAUGCACCGCGCUGCCAAGAGAACCACCCGAGCCAUCGAGUUCAACACCUGGCUUCACGAGUGCAAGCACGGGCGUUCCGUGAUGUACGUCUGCCUAAACUCCUUGGUGUACGUGGUCAUUCUCUGCCUAACGUACGCCAACCUAGUCUUCGCGAUCAAAUUUGACCGGUGA